CCUCCCCGGGAGUGGGCGGGGCGAGAGGCGGAGUUGGCGCUCAACAGCCGGCGCCGGUUGCAAGCGAAGGGGGCUGGGAAAGCGAGCGGCCGGUCCCGCCAAGCCUCGUCGCGGUCGCCCCGCGGGAGAAGCCAGGAAGGAAAGAAGAAGCGAGCGAGGAAGGAAGGAAAGAAAGAAGGAGCGCGUCCCGUUGCUGGCCACCGCCACCGCCGCCGAUCGAAGCCUUUUCCCCGCGCCCCGAUCCUCGCUCCCUCCCUCCCUCCUCGCCUUUGCGGGGAGCAGCGGCCGAACCAGGCGGGCAGCCGAGCCGAGCCGGCUGGAGUUGGCGGCGGGGAUGAACAGCUCCGAGGAGGACGCAGGUGCCAGCCCGGUGCCCAGUCCGGGCUUCCCCGCCUUCGACGAGCCACCCCAGAAAAGACAGAGAACUGUAGAAGACUUCAAUCAAUUCUGCACUUUUGUGCUAGCCUACGCAGGCUACAUUCCCUACCCAAAGGAGAAUGAGCCAUGGACAUACCGAGGCAACAGGAGCCCUCAGAACAGCACCGGAAGCACCCAAGACAGCGAAAGCUGGGGAUCGUCCCAGUCCUACGACUCUCAAGUGCUUUCAGACGAUGGAGGAAGCAGGAACGCGACCUACAAGGGGGCAGGAGAGCUGCUGACCUGCCCUAACAUAACCGGUAGCUUUUGCACUGGUCAGCACCAGCAAACCAAGAAGAGAAAGCCGUCAUCAAAGAAACUCACCGUGAACCAGGCGACGGACAAGGGCUUGAUGCCCCUGAAGGACCAUGCACAGAGAACGCCCGAGAUUUGCACGGAAGCAAAGGAGCUGGAAUCCUGUCUCGAAGAGCUCCCAUCCAGACCUCUGCCAGAGCAAGUGGAGAAAGACUCUAUCCCUGGACUUUAUGCCGAAGAGAAGACUGAGGAACAAGGGACAUGCAAAGAGGAGAGAAACGCCUCUGCCUCUCGGGACACAGUGGAGCAAAGCACAGAAGGACCUGCAGAAGACGCCCCUCAACUUAGCAAUCAGCCCGAAGAGUUUACUGCAGCCUCAGACACCAAAACAGAUGAAGACGACGCUUGGGACCUCAUCACUUGCUUCUGCUUAAAGCCCUUUGCUGGGCGACCCAUGAUCGAAUGCAAUGAGUGCGCGACUUGGAUACACCUCUCCUGCGCCAAGAUCCGCAAGUCCAAUGUGCCCGAUGUCUUCAUCUGCCAACGCUGCCGCGACGCCAAGCAAGAGAUCCGCCGGUCCAACAGAGCCCGGACCGUCCCCCGCAAGCGCUUCUGUGACUGACUGUAGCCGGGAGAGCCACCGCCCUCCAAAGCUUCAGUUGGAGAUAUAUAUAUAGUUUGCUGCCAAGACAAUCAAAAUGCAGGAACUGCCCUAGGGAAGAGACCGGAGGCAGCCCUGGAAAUUUCCAAGACUUUUUUUGACACACGUGUCUUAUUCCAAAUGUUGAGAUUGGGGAAGAGGAAGACCCUGAGGUGCUGUGGAGGUCUCAGGGUUAUGCUAGAGCAGCAAAUGCACAAAUGCCUGGCAGACACAAGAGACUGUUGAGGAGGGAGGGAGGGCAGGGGUGGGUGGGUGGGGAGAUUUAUCUGCAGGCAAUGCACUAAGUCAGCCAGUAGCCUCUCUGCCCUUGUGCAGAGGUGCCUUUUCUCAGCAGCCUAAAGGGAGUUGGGCCCAAGCAAGACUUUUCUGUGAUACGCUAGCUGCUCGGACUUUAAGUGGGUCGGAUUGUGCACCCCAGUUUUGUGGAUUAGUUCUUUGCCCCUUAGAACGGUGGGUCGGGAAGCUCCUUGACCUCUUUCCCAAAAGCACACUUCAAAGAGGUCCAGUCCCUUUUCCCCUUGUGCUCACGCGCACACACACACACAACUUAGAGGGCUCUUUUGCAGCCCAUUUAGAGAAAUCUGUUCUCUGUCCCCAGGACAACUGGCACCCCGCUUCGGAGCUUCCCCAUCCUUUCAGCACUCGAGCGAGACGCCAUGCUAUAUAGCCAGGUGGCUAGUCACCGUUGGACCAGAAAACGGGGUUGAUAAAUAAUAUUCCCUGACUGUACAGACUUGGUAUGCAGAGGCUUUGAAAAUAUUUAGCUCUAUCUACUCAACUCACUGGCCUAGCCUAGACUUCCGGUUGCACUACUGUCUUAUUUGAAGGGAACGUGGGACUUGAGGAGGGGUGGGGGGAGGAGGAGAAGGGAACCGAGAACACAAAUAGCUGUAGAGCCUUUUUUAGGAGCUAAGAGGGGAGACCUCUUUCUUACCACUCUCCCCAAGGUAGAUGGAUGGUGAGGCACCUGGCAGAAGCAGAUUGGGUCCUGCUUGUCUCCAGGCUGCUCUUGGGAGAGCAAUCUGGGGAUUUCUUUAAAGAAAGAAAAAAAAAUAGAGUGAAGAUCUGUGUACUAUGCAAACUACUGGUUGUUCCUGGGGAAAUUGUGCCAGCAAGCAAAUGCUUGGGAGAUGAUUUGUCACUCUUCCCCCGCUCCGCCGAGACCCAUGUGCCUUCUUUCUUUCAUCUCAUCCUUCAGUCACGCUGGACGGUCUGCCCCAAUGGCACACGGGAUAUUGCAGUCAUUUUCAUUUCAGUUUCGCCACCCCACCCGUUUGGAACAGGCUACACCUGGUCACUGCUUAAAAGAAAGCAAAAACCCAGGCCUAACUUACGAUCCCAUCAGUACCUCUGCUCCCCUCGAGUGUUUACAUUUUUACGGUUAGUCUCUAUAAAAAUGUAAGGUAGCACAGUACAAUGCUGUAUACUGGGUAUAUACAUAUAGAUUAAAAUACUUUUAAAGCAGCUCUUGGUGCUUCGUUUCAAUGCAAAUCAAACCACUGCCUUUAUCAGCCGGCCACAUUUGCACAUAAUUUGGGCUUCUGGGGGUUCAGGAGAACCUCUAGCUAAGAUUCUGUGCAGUUCGGAGAACCUUCCUGGCUGGGCCUUCCCCUCCCAGGAGUCCCCA